UGCUGUCAGAUAGUGGAGAGAGAGAGAGACAGCGAGCGGACAUCCACCCUGGGCGCCUCGUCUUUCUGAACCGACCCCUCCGUCUCUAGCGCCUCCUCAAAGGCCGUCUAGCUGCCGGUGGACCUGCGUUCCAGACGCAACACUAGCACCAGAUUAUAGCGUUUCCUUUUAGGACGUGAAGCAAGAGACAGGAGAGAGACAUGGCCACGACAACCUGUACGCGAUUCACAGACGAGUAUCAGCUGUACGAGGAGCUGGGGAAAGGCGCCUUCUCAGUGGUGCGCAGGUGUGUGAAGCUGUGCACGGGGCAGGAGUACGCCGCCAAAAUCAUCAACACCAAAAAGUUAUCAGCACGAGAUCACCAGAAGCUGGAGCGAGAGGCUCGGAUUUGUCGCCUGCUGAAACACCCCAACAUCGUCCGUCUUCAUGACAGUAUAUCAGAGGAGGGCUUCCACUACCUCCUGUUUGACUUGGUGACUGGAGGGGAGCUCUUUGAGGACAUCGUAGCCAGAGAGUAUUACAGCGAGGCCGACGCCAGUCAUUGCAUCCAGCAGAUCCUGGAGGCGGUGCUUCACUGCCAUCAAAUGGGCGUGGUGCACCGGGACCUGAAGCCAGAAAACCUGCUCCUGGCAAGCAAAUGUAAGAACGCUGCAGUGAAGCUGGCCGACUUUGGCCUGGCCAUCGAGGUGCAGGGGGAUCAGCAGGCCUGGUUCGGGUUCGCCGGCACACCGGGGUACCUGUCCCCCGAGGUGCUGAGGAAGGAGGCAUAUGGCAAACCUGUGGACAUCUGGGCCUGCGGGGUGAUCCUCUACAUCCUGCUGGUGGGUUACCCUCCUUUCUGGGACGAGGACCAGCACAAGCUGUACCAGCAGAUCAAGGCCGGAGCGUAUGAUUUCCCCUCUCCAGAGUGGGACACAGUCACCCCAGAGGCCAAAAACCUGAUCAACCAGAUGCUGACCAUCAACCCAGCCAAGAGGAUCACCGCUCAGGAGGCCCUCAAGCACCCGUGGGUCUGCCAACGAUCCACAGUGGCGUCUAUGAUGCACAGACAGGAGACCGUGGAGUGCCUGAAGAAAUUCAACGCCAGGAGGAAACUCAAGGGGGCCAUUCUUACCACCAUGCUGGUGUCUCGGAACUUCUCUGUGGGCAGCAGGCAGACCACCGCUCCAGCCUCUGUCACUGCGGCCGCGGCGGCGGUGGCUGCAGCCGCCGGCACCACCGCGGGGCUGGUGGAACAAGCGAAGACCAUGCUGAACAAGAAGGCCGACGUGAAGCCCCAGACAAACAGCACCAAAAACAGCAUAGUCACCAGCCCCAAAGGAAACAUCCCUUCACCUGCUCUGGAGCCUCAGACAACCGUCAUCCAUAACCCAGUGGACGGGACGAAGGAGUCCUCCGACAGCAGCAACACCACCGUGGAGGAUGAAGAUGUGAAAGCUGCCGCAAAGUUCGCUGACCUGCUGGGCUCAGUGCGUAGGGGCUCAGGGCCCGCGUCCGACGGGGAGGGGAGAUCCAGCACUUCGCCUCCCGCCGCCCACUCGGCCCCCUCACCUCCACACACCCCCGUUGUCCCCAUGCAGAUGUCUCGGCUCACAGACCUGGUGAGCAGCGUUCGCAAGGUGCCUGCGACUGCGGCGCCCGAGAGUGAGGCUGCACCGGUGCCCAGCGCCAAGCCCGUCCCUCCACCUGCACACACCGCCCCCCCGCCUCCCCCUCACCCCCCCUCCAGCCCCUCCCUGUCCUCCUCCCAGACGCGCAAACAGGAGAUCAUCAAGAUCACGGAGCAGCUGAUCGAGGCCAUCAACAACGGAGACUUUGAGGCCUACGCGAAGAUCUGCGACCCUGGGCUGACUUCCUUUGAGCCCGAGGCGCUGGGAAACCUGGUCGAGGGGAUGGACUUCCACAGAUUCUACUUUGAGAACCUUUUGGCUAAGAACAGCAAGCCCAUCCACACCACCAUCCUCAACCCCCACGUGCACCUCAUCGGCGAGGACGCCGCCUGCAUCGCCUACAUCCGCCUCACCCAGUUUGUGGACGGGCAGGGCCGGCCGCGCUCCAGCCAGUCGGAGGAGACGCGCGUCUGGUACCGCAGAGACAGCAAGUGGCAGAACAUCCACUUCCACUGCUCAGGCGCCCCAGCUGCACCGCUGCAGUGAGGAGUGCUCUGCUGGAGAGAAAGGAGCAGGAGGAAGAGGAGGAGGAGGAGGAAGGGAUGAGAGAACAGGUCCAGUGUCAGUCCUCGCCGUCCAUCAGCCGACCUCCCCCCACCGGACGCCCGCCUCAAGUCCCAGCAUGCAUCUGUGCUUCUCCUUGCCACCAACAGACAGCCUCAUCACACCCUUCACCUCCGUCCAGCUUCCUCUUCUUCCCUCCAGGACACUGGGUGAUGGUUGGUGGGUGGGGGCUCAGUGCUCGGUGUGAUUCCUUCUUCCUGUGGUCUCUUCCCCACUAUUUUUGUGACACCAACCUUUUUGUCCUCCUGUGAAUCUACACUUGUGUGACAUAAACACUGCACUGGAAAUACAGUAUGUAAAGUUUUAAGUAAAAUCUAUUAUUAUUAUCAUUACUAUAUUAAUAUUAUUAUUACACAUUUGCAAUUGUAUAUGUAAUUUGUAUAAUUUGAAUUUAUCGAUGCCAGUGGUUUCUAGAGUUGAAGGGAAUCGUUUCAUUUGUUUUUCUCUAACUUUUUAAGGAAGCAUGUUUUUCCCUUAUUAACAGUGGCUGUUUUUUAUUGUGGCUAUUAAGUGAACAUUGAUAUUGGCCGUUUUUGUAAUUUGCUUCUCGUAUGUUAGAUAUGAUACUGCGCCCAAACCCACAAUGGUUUGUUCAUUUUAGGUUCUCUGUUUUUCUAUUGUUAUUUUCUGAUUCAAUGCUUUUGUUUUUUGGAAGGGGAGAGUUUGAGUGUGUGUGUGUGUGUGUGUGUGUGUGUGUGUGUGUGUGUGUGUGUGUGUGUGUGUGUGUGUGUGUGUGUGUGUGUGUGUGUUGAGAGCAAGGGUUUGCUGAGCUCAGUGUCUUCCUACGUCACAGCGUCACAGGUGUAACGUCAAUUAGCUUUUCGUUCCCGCACCCAGAAAACUAAAGAUGCACAUGAGGAACUUUAUCUUAUUAGAACAUGAUAACUAAUGUUAGAAUGACAUCUUUUUGCUAAGAUAAACAAAACAAACCUAUUGGGUUUAACAUGAAACGUUACUGUCCCUUAUCUAAGUGAAAGCUGGUGUCUGUCUAGUUAAUUACUGAAUUGAACCCAUUUGUUUCUGCUACUAUACUGUACAUACAAGCUAGACUGCAAUUAAUUGAUUUAUUGUAAAUGUUCCUUUUCAUUAAUACCCAUGUUUAUUAAUUACUAUAGGUUUGAUUUGAAUUUAUCCAAAUCCAAAGACUAAGGAAACAAUAAUUCUUAUAUGAAAGUUAAAUGCUAGAAUUUUUAAACUGCUUAUAUAAAGUUUGAAGUAUUUUUAGUUAUUUCCAGCUGGUCACUAUCACUGUUGAUGAAUUGACUAACUGCUGCAGAGCUACAAUAUGUUAAGACCUAUUUUGAACCGCUGUUAUUUGGCCCCGUAGUUCCCACACAGACACAACUUUGAGCAUCAUUGAUUGACUUUAGAAUUCAGUCCCUCCAGGGUUUCGUCGGCUUUGCAGAGAUUCUUGUGGCCUGAAGUGCCUGAUUCUUCCUGUGUGCUUUUCUUUGUCCGUCAAUGAUUUUGUUGCACGCACAUAAUUAGGGCCCACGUGGCACAGCAUCAGGGGUCUGCGCUACAUGAGUAACGUCUGAGGACAUCCCACCUCUCUCUGUGAGUUGUAGUCAGUUUCACCAUAGUUUUCUGUUCUCGUCACAACAGAACCUGUUAUUUAUUUAAAAGUAAACAUUAGCAAGUGCUCAUCAGCGGUUCUGGUGCCAUACGUGUGAGGCGUUCAGGGACCGUACAGAAUGUGGGUCAAAUUUACAGAACGUUUUGUACUGAUUACGCAAACUUGUACUUGUGAAUCUAGAGGGAUGACUUGAAAUUAACUCAUUUGACAACUCUCUCAGAUUCCUGAAGGGACUGAAGGGGAGCACAGCUUGGACGGCCGUGGCCCCACAUCUGCUUUCCUCACAGUGACGGCUCCUGGAGCCUCAGUGAGCAGGAGUCCAGCUUUGGGCCCUGGUGCCAGUGGGAGCCUUAUUUUCUGGCAGGACGCUAACGGUGCUUGGGGAGAGAGGGGGAGACGCGCUGUUGGAGGCUGCUGCUGUUGCUAGGCAACUGCUGGAAACCCCAUUUUCCUAAAAGUUGAGAUACAGUAUUUUUAACUCCAUAACAUCUUGGUGCUGUCUGGAACACGACAGCGAGGCCUUUAUUUUUCAACAAAAUGACAAACCAAAAAAAAGUGAGCACAGAUUAAAUAUUCCCAGAGGACGUGGGACCUUUUCUCACGUCCAGACCCAGAAACAAGCACAGAAACGAGGUGCUACUUCCCAAUAAGAAGCACAGACUCUUGUAUACGUGUGAGGCUUGAUUAGAACUUGUCUGUUGGGUCGGUUUGUCACUGAAGUCCUGCCUUGCGUCCGUGUCUGUGUCUGUGGGUGAGUGCUGUGAGCGAUGAAGGCUUUAUUUGACAGGACAUAUCAGUCCCCGCCUUCAGCCCUCAGCUUCUCCUUCUUAUGAUUGAACCUGCUUCUCGUGCUUUUCUUCUCUUGUGCUCUCUGACUUGCGUUACAGUGAAGUGUUGUCGAGCUUUUCGUGGUACAAACAGGAUUGUUGGGACAGACUUCACCCUUUCACUUAGCUCUACUGUUCUUUGCCCGUCCACCGUCGGCUGCCUUCAUUUGUCUCGCGCCUGUUGGUCAGACCAAGAUACCGCAUAAGAGAGCGACAGUUGCUUUGGUGAAUAGUCCUCAGGUUUCUAUUUAUUUGAAAUAUUUAUUUAUUUAUUCUAGAGAUGUUGAUUUGUGCUUUCUUCUUUUUACAUUUUGUUGUACAGCUGUUUGCAGCUUUUUAAAG